AGAAAAAUUAUGGAGAGUUGAUAUUGUGGUUACAGUUGCAUCUUAUCGCGCAAAGGAAGAAGCUUGAAUGCAUAACUUGCUAAUUCAACUGUCCCAGUGAUGAGCUUCCGUCGCCGAUCACUGUAACCCCUCCAUUUAUUCCGAUCAGGCCCAAUUCCAUGGCGGGAACGGCCUCGGAGAUCGAUCCUAUCUAUCGUCUCCCUCUCCCUCUUUUAGGAUCCGAGCCGAUCCCUUCCGCCCCGAAUAGAUUCGCUGGUUCCUCCUUCGACUGGAUUCCAGAUUUUGCUGGCUAUGCAUGGGUCGCUUAUGGAGCCUCAUCCGUUUUGGUGAUUUCUCACUUCCCUUCUCCUCUGUCUCCCCAAGAAACCACAAUUGGACCCAUAUUUCGCCAGGUACUGGAGCUCUCUGGCGACGACUUAUCUGUUGUCAAUGCCGUAUCUUGGUCUCCCGUAUUACCGUCGGAGGGCGAGCUCGCUGCAGCUGUGGGCAACCGGAUAUGGGUGUUUUCUCAUGAUUUGGGUGCUUCUCGAGGUUCUUUUUGUUGGAGGCAGAAUUCCGUGCUUCUGCAAUCUUUGAAGGUUGAGGCCAUUCAAUGGACGGCUGCAGGAGAUGGAAUUAUUGCUGGUGGAGUAGAGGUUGUUUUGUGGAAGAACACUAACAGGUCCUGGGAAAUUGCUUGGAAAUUCAAACCGGAUGUACCCCAAACUCUUGUUUCCGCAAGCUGGUCUACCGAGGGACCAUUUGCAACGGCAUCUCAAGCAAGGAUAUCGAAGAUGGAUAACACGUUUAUUGAUAAAGCUUGCCGAUCUGUGUUGGUCAGUCAGAGUGAAGGGGAGUAUGGACAUGUGAAAAGCGAGUUAUGCCAUCCUCUACCUAUAACUAUGAUUCAAUGGAGGACUUCAAUUAAAAUGAAAGGAAGUUCCAAGAAUACACCAAGACAUGUGCUUCUGACAUGCUGCUUGGAUGGAACUGUGAGAUUGUGGAGUGAGACUGAAAAUGGAAAAGUAAAAAAAUUUAGUAAGGAUGUAAAUAGUAAAAAGUCAUUGAGAAGGCGUUUUUCUGUUGCUGCUGUCAUUGAGGUAAAUCAGGCAUUGAAUGGAACUCUUGGCACGGAUUUAUUUGUAACAUGGGCAACCGAGAUUAGAGGUAUGUGCAAACCUUUUGAAUUAACUAAGAAAGUUUUCUCAGAAGGAUUCGAACACAACAGGGCUGGAAGCUGUGAGUGGCUAAUAAGUUUAGGUCCGGGAUCAUUGGUUACUUUUUGGGCUGUCCAUUGUCUUGAUGACGUAUCCCCAUUAAGAUUCCCUCGAGUCACAUUGUGGAAGAAGCAAGAGCUCAAAGGACUUGAAGUUGGACGGCAUUACAUUGAUGGUUGUACAAACUUAAAUAACAAGUUUCUCCUCAAGAAAGUUGUAAUCUCAAGGAUUUAUCCGUCUGGUUCCCCAAGUAUGUGUUCUUUGAUUCAGUUGUUGCCUUGUAAUUCCUUGGUGUGGUCAAUUUUAUCUUCUCAGACAUCAACUGACGUAGGGGAUGCAUCCUUUGACAAAAAAAGGUCAGACAAUUUCUUCUCUCGUUCAGUUACUACCCAAUUGAAUUUAAGUGGUCAUGCUGGAAAAAUCUUACACGUUGCUGUACAUCCAUACAACUGUGAGGUCAAAGUAGCUGCUUCUUUGGACUCUAAUGGCUUGCUUCUUUUCUGGUCACUAUCUAGUAUCUCCACCUGUGUAUUAGGCCCUCCAACACUUAAUCAUACCUGGGAACUUUGUGGAAAACUCGUAACUCAAGAUUCAUGCUCAAAAUAUACAAGUGUGCAGUGGGCACCAUCAAUAUUGGAUGAAGAACUGAUUCUUCUGAUGGGACAUGCGAGAGGAAUUGAUUUUUUUGCUGUUAGGAUUAGCCAAAGUGAUGGAGAAAAUUCUGAAUGUCACUACUUAUGUACCAUACCUUUCACUGGUCAUGGUCCUUUUGAGAAUGGUCCAACUGAUAUAUUUUCUAUUUCUUUGCCUUCUGAUUGUAAUACAACAUAUAGAUUCAAUAAAUUUAUGUUAAUAGGGGUAUGGAUGGAAGGAUUUCAGGCACUAUCAUGGGAAAUCACCUUACAUACUUAUGAUAUCUUUGGGACUGGAGUACAUUGCAAUUGUGAUAUUGAUGAUGAAAAUAUAGCUGAGCUCAGUAUAUUGACAUUUGAAAGUUCUUUUGGAAGCAAAAAGUAUUGUGUUAGUAUAAUCCCUUGCUCAUCACAGUUCCCAAAUUCUCAAAUUCAUGACCAGAUUACAAGUUUUGCCGUGGUGCACCAAGGAACUUUUGUUCCUGUGCAGCAAAAAUUAACUUCUUCAGGUGAACCAUAUACCCCUGCAUAUAUUAUGGCUACUGGCUCUGCUGAUGGAAGUUUGAAACUUUGGAGAAGCAAUGUAGGCAAACCAUCAAUCUUUCACGUGUCUUGGGAGCUUGUUUGUGUUGUUGUCACUCAUCAAGGCCCCAUUACUGCAUUGUGUUUGACCGAUUGUGGACGGAAAAUUGCAACAAUUAGCAAGAACAACCAUAAACCUAAUAUCAGCAACGUUCGCUUAUGGGAGCUUGCAUGCCUUGGUGCAGGGACCCUUUUGUUUGAAGAUGAACUGUCCUUUGAAAGCAGUAUCGUUGCAGUAGACUGGUUAACUUUAGGAAAUGGUCAAUUUUUACUUGGAAUUUGUUUGCAAAAUGAAUUGCGUGUGUACUCCCUGAAGCAUUUUGGUCAGACCUUGUCAGGCAUCACAAAAUCUUUGGAUACUGAGACUUGGAUCUGCAUUGGGUUUGCUCGUACUUUACCAUCUAAUUGUGGCUUCCUCUGGGGGCCGAAGAGCACAGCAAUAGUUAUACAUGAUCAUUACUUUUGUAUAGUUAGUCCAUGGCUGUUCCUUGGGGAUAAAAACCAUGAUGCUAUGUGCAGCCCUUAUUACAUUGGAGAAACUAAAAAUCACCAUGUCAAUGGGACUGAUGUCGCUGUUUUUGCUGAUGAAUGUUGCAGUAUCAGAAAAUUAUCAGAUGAUAAUUAUGACAGCAAACGUAGACCAAGAUCUCUCACAAACAUUCAUGCUGAAACCAAUAUUCUAUCGAAUAGUUCGUAUCCACGGGGUGCACAGAUGAAAAGUACAACUUCGCUUGGUCUUAUAAGCAUGCCUGAUAUAGCUGAUAAACUGUGUGGAUCACUGUCCUCUUUUCAUCCUCAUGCUCUCCUCAUUAAUAUAUAUUCAGGUAAGUGGAAACGUGCAUAUUCAGCUUUGAGUCAUCUUAUUGAGCAUCUUUCUUCUGAUAAAAAGAGCUCUGCAAACCCAACCAAUACUAUUCCGGAGAUCCUUUUGUCAGAUUAUUUUGAAGGAGUUGCGAAAACUUCUACUGAUAAAGAAGUUCAGUGGAGUAUGAAUGGCUUAGCAUCCCAAUUUAAGGAAGGUGUUUCACCAUGGACCUUCAAUUGGGAUUCUAUUAGUAACGACAGCUCAUUCAUUCCGUCCUCUGCGAAAUCUGAAUUCAGCACCUUUAUUGAGCCUCUUGAGAAGUUCUAUGAAUCAGCAGGGCUAACCAGCAUGGAGAAGACAGAAACUCUAGCAAUUAUAGAUCUUCUUGAUGAAAUCAGUAAUAAAUCUUCUGCAUCUGCCUACGAAAGUCUUGAUGAGCCCGGGAGAAGAUAUUGGAUUGCUUUGAGGUUUCAACAACAGCGAUUUCUUCGGCGUGAUGGUAGAUCAGCAUCUCUGGAAGAGCUGACCAUUGAUUCAAGAUUGAUUGGAUGGGCCUAUCAUUCUGAUUGUCAGCAAAAUCUAUUGGAUUCGGUUAUCUCUAAAGAACCAACAUGGCAGGAAAUGCGAAGUUUGGGUGUUGGAAUUUGGUUUACUGAUACAACACAGUUGCGUGCAAGGAUGGAGAAACUGGCGAGAUCCCAAUAUCUGAAGAAAAAAGAUCCCAAGGAUUGUAUGCUUCUGUAUGUCACACUGAAUAGAAUCCAAGUUUUAGCUGGCCUUUUUAAAAUUAGCAGGGAUGAGAAAGAUAAACCCUUGGUGGGAUUUCUUUCACGCAAUUUUCAGGAGGAGAAAAAUAAGGCAGCAGCUUUGAAGAAUGCCUAUGUUUUAAUGGGGAAACAUCAACUGGAAUUGGCUGUUGCUUUUUUUUUGCUUGGUGGUGAUACUUCUUCUGCUAUCAGAGUCUGUGCGAAAAAUCUUGGGGAUGAGCAGCUUGCUCUGGUAAUUAGUCGUUUAGUUGAAGGGCGUGGUGGACCUCUUCAGCAACACCUAAUAACAAAGUUCAUGCUUCCAUCUGCCAUUGAGAAGGGUGAUACCUGGCUUGCAAGCAUUCUUGAGUGGGAAUUAGGAAACUACUCUCAAUCUUUCCUGAACGCGCUUGGUUUGGAGUCAGAGUCAAAUUCUGUUACUGGGAUACCGUUUCUUUCAAGUAGACAUAUUUCUUUACAAGACCCAAGCGUUGGUUUGUAUUGUCUAUUGUUAGCAACCAAAAAUAGCAUGAAGAAAGCAGUUGGAGAGCAAUCUGCUGAGGUCCUUUGUCGGCUUGCAACCUUGAUGACGGCUACUGCUUUAAACAGAUGUGGUCUUCCUCUUGAAGCUUUGGAACAAAUGUCAACCUGUGGAAGCAUUACUGAAGUUUCAGAUGGGACUAAUGGAGUCGAUAUUCUGUGUUUUGAGACUAUAAGAAAAAUCUGUAAGCAAUCGCCCAGAGAUUCCUCCAGUUGGCUCUCUGUUGAAUUUGCAGUCCAUCUGGAGUAUCGAGCAAAAUUGGAUUUGGCAGUUCAAUACUUCUCAAAAUUGAUAAGGAAGCAUCCAAGCUGGCCAACUAUAAAUUUAGAAUCUGUUGGAUGCAUGGGUUGCUUGAAGGAAUAUGACAUGGAUUAUGAGAAAUCUCUUGAAAGUUUUCAGCGUAAGUUAAAUGUAGGGUUUGCACAGUUUGAAAUGAAGUUCUCGUUGCUUCCUGCCUCUCUCGUUAGUAUGAUGUUAGUCUUUCUGUGUAAUGUUGGGCUACAAUUUAUUGGAUAUGAUAUAUUUCAUGGAUUUGCUUCUCAAGAAUGCCCGGAUGACAAGAACCAGAAGAUUUAUACUUUCCUCUUGCAUCCUCUCGUGCACAAGUCACUACUCAAAACAGCACAAGAAAUUUUAUUUUCAGCUUCACGGUACACUAUUGCUUGCAGUUUAUCUUUUCACAAAGGCGAAACAGGGUCAAAAUGUUUCAAUACUUGGUGGUACUACCUUCAAGGUCUCUUACUAUCCUUACAGGGUUUAAGAGCUGCUUUGAGAAUUACACAUGGUUCUCUCAAAGACGAUCUUGUUUCCAAGCUCCUGACCAUUCUUGAUUUGGUUGAAUAUAACUUAUAUUUCACGUCUGCUUGGCUAUUGAGAGACUCAAAAUGUCUCCUUAAGAUGCUGCAACCACUCUUGGCAAAUGCACGAUCUCCUCAUGACAUUGACGUGGAACAUCUGAAGCAACUCCUCCCUCAGAUUGGAGAGUUGAUAGCUCAAAAUUUAUUGACCAAUGUAGAUUAUAACCAUCAGAUUUUGGAAGGCAUGCCUAAUGAACAAAGUGAUGACAUUGUGCAUUCAAUUCCAGGAGAUGAAAGAUGGCACAUUAUUGGGGCUGUUUUGUGGCAUCACAUGUCCAAAUUCAUGAAACAUAAGUUGAUUACUUUAACUAAUACAUCUAAGGAGGGUAGCUUGAGCAGUAUCAUUCUGGGGAACCUUGAUACAUGGGCUCAAAGUCUUUCAACCAUUAAAUCUGAUUGGAAAGCCAUUUCGAAGGAUGUGAUUGAAUUGGUAUCAAUGAGUCUUACUGCUCUACUGACUAUCGUCCUUGCUCAGGUUUCUUCUUAUCAACUAAAACAAUUGGUAUCAUCUCUGCAAUAUAAAUUAGAUCAGAAGCUGUACGUGGCAACUGCUGUUUGGUUUGAACAGAUUUGCCAGUCUCUAUCUAGUCAUGACAAGGGCCAUACUGAUGAGACGUACAAUAUGGAUAUGUGUAUCAAAGGCGAAUUUGAAACAUUAUGGAACAUUACUUCCAAUCCCAAUCUAAUAUCAGACUGCUUUGCACAUGAAAAGGUUCAUAUGUUGCAUUGUUUUGAUCGUAAGCUCUCUGGAAGAUGGAGUGAUGUUUACAAUGGCAUCACAAGGGCAGAGCGCAAUUGUACUCAUGAAGCUGCACAUAUUAGUAGGUCUGUCAGUGAUGCCACUGGAUCACCUGGUAAAUUACUUCGUAAUGGGAAAACUCUUGUCAGAUCUGACAAGGAAUUGGCCACCCUUGAUGAUGCCAUGCCUUUUCAGAAACCUAAAGAGAUAUAUAGGAGGAAUGGAGAGCUUUUAGAGGCAUUGUGUAUCAACUCUGUUGAUCAAAGACAAGCUGCAGUUGCCAGCAAUAAAAAGGGUAUAAUUUUUGUUAGUUGGGAAGAUGGGAUGGCCUCCAGAGAUGAAGAGGAUUAUAUCUGGUCAAACUCUGAGUGGCCUCUAAAUCUAAAUGGGUGGGCAGCCUCUGAAUCAACACCAGCUCCAACGUGUGUAUUUCCUGGUGUUGGUCUUGGGAGCAGCAAAGGGGCACACCUUGGGUUAGGUGGUGCUACUCUGGGUGUAGGAUCAUCUGUAAGGCCUGGGAGAGAUUUGACUGGAGGUGGAGCAUUUGGUAUUUCAGGUUAUGCAGGUGUUGGUGCUUCUGGCUUAGGUUGGGAAACACAAGAGGAUUUCGAGGAAUUUGUAGACCCUCCAGCUACAGCAGAACACACAAGUACGAGGGCUUUCUCCAGUCAUCCUUCUAGACCUCUUUUCUUGGUUGGCUCUACCAAUACACAUGUAUACUUGUGGGAGUUCGGGAAGAACAGAGCUACCGCAACUUAUGGUGUCUUGCCUGCAGCAAAUGUGCCUCCACCAUACGCUCUAGCCUCAAUAUCAUCUGUGCAGUUUGACCAAUGUGGACACAGAUUUGCUACUGCUGCAUUAGAUGGGACCGUAUGCUCGUGGCAGUUGGAGGUUGGAGGAAGAAGCAAUGUCCGUCCAACGGAAUCUUCUUUAUGCUUUAAUGGCCAUGCAUCGGAUGUCACUUAUGUUACUUCCAGUGGAUCAAUAAUAGCUGUGGCUGGAUAUAGCUCCACUGCAGUUAAUGUGGUCAUAUGGGAUACACUGGCUCCACCUAAAACUUCCCAAGCAGCCAUUAUGUGUCACGAAGGUGGUGCUCGCUCUAUUUCUGUGUUUGAUAAUGAAAUAGGGAGCGGUUCUGUUUCUCCCCUCAUAGUUACUGGUGGCAAAGGUGGAGACGUGGCAAUUCAUGACUUCCGAUACGUAGUCACUGGUAGGACUAAGAAACAAAAAAACUGUUCAAAAGAUGAAAGGAUUAGCGAUGCUUCGAAUUCUGACGUGCCGAGUACUGUUGGUGAACAAAACUUAAAUGGAAUGCUUUGGUACAUACCGAAGGCUCACUCUGGGAGUGUUACUAAAAUAUCUUCUAUCCCAAACACAAGUUUGUUCUUGACCGGAAGUAAAGAUGGAGACGUAAAACUUUGGGAUGCAAAAAGAGCUAAAUUAGUGCAUCAUUGGCCAAAGUUGCAUGAUAGACACACUUUUCUGCAACCAAGUUCCCGAGGUUUCGGUGAAGUAGUUCGGGCCGCUGUUACUGAUAUACAAGUAAUCUCAAGUGGAUUUCUUACCUGUGGUGGAGAUGGCUUGGUAAAGCUGGUUCAGUUUGGAUGAUCUAAUACGUAACAGGCACAAUAGUUUGGUUACUGACUGUAAAAACGUGGGAAUCUGAGACGUGCCAAAGAGGUAUGGCACAAGAACUGUGUUGUGUGUAGGACUCAGCAUGUUUAAGAAGACAUUCGGUGCAUAAGCUUAAAUCAGUCCCGUCAUCUUCAAAGUCGAGGUCGACAUGCUGUGACCAUACAUAGUAAUAGUUACUUAUGAAGUGAAGAAGCUAGUUUUCCUCGCUGAGGGAUUACAGCAAACUUGAGUCUAUUAUCUUGUUAUGAGGUAAAGGAAAGGCUCCUUGGCUAUGAUUGUUACAAACCCAAACAGAAUAGAAGUAAAGAUGGACUACAGGCAUCAUCCAGACAUACAUGGAGUGAACAAAGAAUUGUCUGGUUAGUGCUAAGGGUGUUCUUCUCUCUUUCAAUUUUUAGCUUCUUUUUUUUCGUUGAGGUUAAGGAUUCUGCUAUAUACCAUAAUGUUGGAUGUUUGAGUAAAUUUUUUGAGAUGUGAAUAAACUUUAUUUGUCCUGGUUUCCCAGUCAUAAAGGAAAGUAAAACUGUUCUUUUGUCAUUA